AUGCUUCGUAUUACACUACGCAAUUCUAUAAAACCUUUGCCACGUCAACAACCUGUAUUGGCAACUACAAAACGAUCCUUUUCAACCACUCGACAACUUCUCGAUAGCCAUAGUCAUCAUCAUAGCCAUCAACAUCCUCACCCACAAAGUGUGCGUGAUCGAAUUUAUGGUACACGACGUCAACGCUUUUGGAUGGACAAGAUUCUACAACGCGAAAAUCAAAAAUCCGUUUGCCCCACUCAUCCCGGCAAGGAACGCAAAUUGAUCGAAAAGACGAUUGCAGACAGUGCCAUGAUUGAAUACUUGCCAUUCAAAUCGUCUCCCGCUCUUUUGGAUGACUAUAUCACCGUGGAUGGUCGCAUUCGCACCGGGAAACUUUUGGAAGAUCUUGAUGCCAUGGCUGGCUCUAUUGCUUAUCAACAUAUUGAUAAUGGUGAUCCUCAAGCACGUCCCGUCACCAUUGUUACAGCAUGCGUGGAUCGUUUUGAUUUAUUCUUACCAAAAGCGGUUGAAGAUUACAAGUUGACAGGUCAAGUGACGUAUGUGGGAAGAAGUUCCAUGGAAAUCUUUCUUAAGGCCGAGACCAUCCCUGAAGGCAUCCAGGAUCUGGAUUUGGAGAAGCAACAUACCCCGACUUCGCAAGAUCUUGUUGGUCAUCUUAGUCCCAAUACGGUGCUCGCAACGCGCUUUACCAUGGUUGCCAUUGAUUCCGUUACCCGUAAAUCGGUCCAAAUCAACCCAUUGAAAACAACUUCGCCUGCUGAAGAACGUUUGUUCGAAUUUGCCAUGGCCAACAAGGCACGAAAGAAGAAGGCAGUUGAAUCGUCGUUGAGCCGAAUGCCACCUACACCAAGUGAGCGUCUUGCCAUCCACGAUACGUACCUUGAAUAUAGCAAGUACUUGGGCGGUGAAGAUGAUUCUUUCACAAGUGGUGUCUCAAUCGAGGAAAGAGUGCCAUUGCCUGAAGAUGUGGUAUGGAUGAAGGAUACACGUCUUGAUAGCACGUUCCUGAUGCAGCCCCAAGAUCGUAAUAUCCACAAUAACAUUUUCGGUGGUUACUUGAUGCGUCGAGCCUACGAGGUCGCCUAUGCCAACUCCAUCACGUACCUAAAGUCAAGAGAUGCCAUGCUCCUUGCAAUGGAUGAAUGUGUAUUCCGCAAACCUGUGCACGUUGGUACAUUGCUUAAUCUCAAGUCUGAAAUUAUUUAUGCCGAAGGUCAUCCUCACAAGUCAUUCCAAGUGCGUGUUGUUGCUGAGGUCGUUGAUAUCAACAAAGGCAAGAGUGAAACCACCAAUAUUUUCUACUUCACCAUGGCUGCCACAAGUGACAAGGCAUCCCCACGACGCAUCCUCCCAAAGACCUAUGCAGAGACCAUGAUUUGGUUAGAAGGAAAGCGAAGACGACAGGAAGGUGUACACUCUCGACAAAGUUUGCUUCAUGAUUUAUCAGGAGCACAAGCGUAA